AAUUAAUCCUUAUCUCUCUCUCUCUCUCUCCCCACAAUUAAUACUUUUCUCUCACUAACUUACUCAAUCACUCUCACCCACAGAGUUUCUCUCUGUAACUCUUUUUUCUCUCUGUUCCUGGAAUUUGGGGCUCUCUGGUAGUUGAAGGAGAGUUGGGCACUACCUAAUAUCCUUGAAAUGGCCAAUAGCUUCCACAUUAACGACGGAGAAGCCAAGCUUCCCAAGCCGCCGCCAUCCUCCUCGUUCCUCAGCUCGUCGGCUCCAUUCAGAGCCCGAAAGAAGCCCAGCGCCGCUGCCGGCUCCGACGUCGAUGACAUCAUCACCCUCUUGCACGGCUCUGAUCCAGUUCGCGUCGAGCUCAACCGCCUAAAGAACGAAGUUCGAGAUAAAGAUAGGGAAUUGGGUGAUGCACUUGCAGAAAUAAAGUCAUUGAAGAAUUCCGAACGCCUGAAAGAGAAGGCAGUCGAAGAGUUGACGGAUGAGCUAAACAAAGUGGACAGAAAACUUAAAGCAACUGAAGCCCUUUUAGAAAGCAAGAAUCUUGAGAUAAAAAAAAUUAAUGAUGAGAAAAAGGCUGCUUUGGCUGCACAAUAUGCUGCAGAGGCUACACUUAGAAGAGUUCAUGCUGCACAGAAAGAUGAUGAAUUGCCUCCCAUUGAGGCCAUUGUCACUCCAUUAGAAGCAAAGCUUAAGCUGGCCAGGCAGGAGGUAGCAAAGUUGCAGGAUGACAAUAGAGCACUUGAUCGGCUAACAAAAUCCAAGGAGGCUGCUCUUCUUCAGGCAGAGAGAAUUGUUGAGAUUGCUGUUGUGAAAACAACCUUGGUUGAUGAUCUGUUAAAUAAGAACCAAGAGCUAAUGAAACAGAUAGAAAUAUGCCAGGAGGAGAACAAAAUACUUGACAAAAUGCAUCGAAAAAAAGUUGCUGAGGUUGAAAAGCUAACUCAAACUGUUCAUGAGCUUGAAGAGUCUGUUUUGGCUGGUGGGGCUGCUGCUAAUUCUGUGCGUGAUUUCCAGAGAAAAGUGCAGGAGAUGAAUGAGGAGAAAAAAACUUUGGAACGAGAGGUGGCUCGUGCCAAGGUUUCAGCAAACCGUGUUGCCACUCUAGUUGCAAAUGAGUGGAAAGAUGGCAAUGAUAAAGUGAUGCCUGUAAAGCAAUGGCUUGAAGAAAGAAAAUUUAUUCAGGCAUAAAUGCAACAGCUUCGAGAUAAACUGACUGUAGCAGAGCGUACUGCAAAGGCUGAAGCACAUUUAAAGGAAAAAUACAGAAUGCGAUUCAAAGUUUUAGAGGAUACGCUUAAAGCAUCUAAUGGUAGUUCUCAAACAGUCUCAGAGUCUAGAAGCAUAAGCAACGGGCAUUCAAGGCGUCAGUCUCUUGGUGCAGCUGACAACUCUAGAUUAUCCCCGAAUGGCUAUACAUCAAGGAAAAUUGCAAGUCCACAAUUAGUGGCCCAGCAUUCAAACAGUGCUAAACCAACACCAGGUGCAACAGAGAAAGACAAUGCACCUACCAUUGAUCGUGAUGACUCCCAAAUGGCUGAGACAAUUGGUAGAUAUGAGGCGAGUACGGUUGAAACUCCAAUAAAGAAUUCCAAAGCAGAACAUGAAGAUUAUGUUUCAGGAAUGCUGUAUGACAUGUUACAGAAGGAAGUUGUAUCUUUGAGGAAGGCUUGCCAUGAGAAAGAUCAGAUCCUUAAGGACAAAGAUGAUGCAAUUGAGUUGCUGGCAAAGAAAGUUGACACAUUGAAUAAAGCAAUGGAAGCUGAGGCCAAAAAGAUGCGAAGAGAAGUCGCUGCCAUAGAAAAAGAAGUUGCUGUAAUGCGUGUUGGCAGGGACCAUGAUCAGAGAAUGAGGUGCCUUAGUGCUCCAAGGGCAGCUGUAAAUGGUUCUGAUGCAUUAUCUGCGAGGAAUGCAAGAAAGUCAUGGGCCAUUUGUAUGGCUGUGACACAAGGACCAAACAAGGGCAGUAUAUUUUCUCUUGGCUCUACGAUCGAUAUGGCAGGCUAAAGGCCAAGGCCCCUCUAAAAGAAUGGUCGAAUGUAAAAGUAUAUAAUAUGAAAUAAUAUAAAUAUAAAUAUAAAUAUAAAUAUAUAUACA